AUGGGCGGGCGGGGCUCAAAACCUUUGCAAAAUGACGAGAAUCAGUACCCUGAAGAUGGCAUGCCAUGGCUUGUGGACCAAAAGAAUGGCGCUAGGCCGUCCAAUUUCCACCAGCUGUCGGAGGUCAAGGGCGUGCCACACACCGAGUCCGUCUCGAGUCGGCUCAACCGUGGCAUGAAAGUUUCAAGCGUCGUCUCUUUUGGCCAGCUAAGCGAGGAUAUUCAAAGGCCCCUAAACUCGGCACGCGCUGCGCUGAACAGCGUGCACAGCCGCAUGGACCUACUGCAGGAGUUUCAUCUGCGAGAGAUGGCGGCUGCAGCUCUGAAGCGCGAGAAGGCGCUUGACUGGCUUCCGGAGUACCGGCCUGUGUCGGUAGUGCCGCCCGCCCGCGGCGCCAUAACCCAUCUAGAGCGGGUCACGCGGGUCAGUCAGGCGGCCAUCCUCACGGAUGUACCCGUGGGCCGCAAGACCAAGAUUGUUUGCACUCUGGGCCCGUCUUGUUGGUCGGAGUCCGGUUUGUGUGGGCUGCUGGAUGCGGGUAUGGACGUGGCGAGGUUCAACUUCAGCCACGGAACCCACGCGGCGCAUCAGGAGGUGCUGGAUCGAUUGAGGAAGGUUGCAGAAGCCAAGAAGAGCUGUGUCGGCUUUUUGUUGGACACCAAGGGUCCGGAGAUCCGCACCGCCAUGCUGCGUGGCGGCAAGGACAUAGAGCUGGUGGCGGGUCAGGACGUGACGGUGGUGGCGGUGGGCGAGGAGUAUGUGCGGUGGGAGGGCUACAAGGAAGCUACUGGCGAAACCAAGAUCGGUAUCAGCUACGCCAAGCUGUGCCAGAGCAUCAAGCCCGGCGGCACGAUCCUGCUCGCAGACGGGGCCAUCAGCAUCGAGGUGGUGUCAAUCCUCAACGACACCGAGCUGCUGGGCCGGGUCAUUAACUCACAUAGACUGGGCCAGCGCAAGAACUGCAACUUGCCGGGCGUGCACGUCGACCUGCCCGUGCUCAGCCCCAAAGACAUUGACGACGUUCAGAACUUCGCGGUGAAGAAUAAAAUGGAUUUUGUGGCGGCGUCCUUCGUGCAGGCAGUGAAGAUCAUCGCCAAGAUUGAGAACGAGGCGGGCUUGCGCAACAUUGAUGAAAUCCUAGAGGCGACUGACGGCGUCAUGGUAGCACGUGGUGAUUUGGCCAUGGAGGUUCCCGCAGAGAAGAUUGCGCUGGCGCAGAAGAUGAUCAUUGCCAAGGCAAACGUGCUUGGAAAGGUGGUCAUCACCGCCACCCAGAUGCUUGAGUCCAUGACCGCCUCGCCGCUGCCCACCCGCGCCGAGAUGACGGAUGUGGCGAAUGCGGUGUUCGACGGAACGGAUGCGGUCAUGCUCAGCGGCGAAACAGCCAACGGCCGUUACCCGCUCGAGGCUGUGCGUACGAUGUCGCACAUCGUGGAGUAUGUGGAGCUGGGUGUGGAUUACGGCUUCCAUCAUGACUGGGUCAAACGAUACAACUCAGGCCUGGCGCCCGUGAGCCCUCUGGAGGCCACUUUGGCUGGUGUCGCGAAAUCCGCCAUUACCUUCUCCAUGGACUCUAAUGGAGAUGGAGUAAUGGACGCGUCAGAGGGCUGCAUCGCAGUGGUGUUCACUCGCAGCGGCCUGGCUUCCCGGAUUAUCUCCAAGUACAGGCCCCCCUGCCCCGUCAUCACGCUAUCCGACCACGACUGGGUACUGCGCCAAGCCUCACUGACAUUCGGCCUCUACCCACUGCGCGUGGAGGUGGCGGGGCUGGCAGACGUCCCGCGGGCCAUUAAGGAGGCAAUUGAAUACGGCAGGAAGAGGCACGUUGUGUACGACGGCAAACAAAUCUUGGUGGCCACUGGCAGUGGCGAGGCAUGGGCUGACAACGUGGCUCAGGUAUCCGUGGAUCAAAUCGGAUGGGGAGCCAACAAGCUCGCUCGCGCGGUGAGCUCCAAUAUGGCGAACACGGCGCCCAUCGAGUAUAAGUCGCCGUUUGUGGGGAAUGCCAUCGCUUGCGUGCAGACGCUCCAAAUCACACCUCAACUCAUCAUCGACCGCAUCUCCAUGUUCCGCAGCACCAAAAUCAUCGCCACGUUGGGUCCCAGCAGCUUUGCGGCAGCUAAGCUGGACGCCAUGUUGGAUCUGGGGGUCAGUUUGGUGCGGUUCUUUUUUCACGAGGAGCCACUGCCCUUCUACCAAGGUCUGCUAGAGCGCAUUCGCGAGCAGCUCAAGCGGCGGGCGGAUCCCUCGCUGGGCCACCCGGUAUACACCACCAUGCCGGGACUUAUGGCCACAAUCAAGGGUCCCGAGGUUCGCACCACCCAGCUGCGCAGCCAUGCCCCCUUGGAGCUUUCCGCGGGCCAGCAAGUCACGCUGGUGCCCACGCACGACUGGUCGUACAAGGGGUACAGCACCCCGGAGGGCGACCACGUGGUGGGGAUCCACUUUCCGGCGCUCACCCGGAAGCUGCGUGUGGGCGACGUGGUGGUCCUGUCUGAGGGCGCGGUGACAAUUAAGGUGACGGAGGUGCUACAGCCGCCGCGAGGGGCCCUGCCACCCAGCAGCAGCGGCGGCGGUGGCGCCUUUUCAAGCAGCGGCGGUGACCUGACCAGCGUAGCCAUCAGCUCCAGCGGUGUCGAUCUGGUGGAUUUGCAGGAUUCGGCCGGGCAGGAGCAACAGCGGGAUCCCGAUUACCCGUACGGCAAGGUGGUGGCGACGGUGCUGAUUGGCGGCACGCUGGGCGAGGACCGCGUGGUGGAUGUCGCCGGGGGCAGCUUGCUGCAUCAUAAAAAAGCCAGGACGAAGAAAUUUGAAAUUAUGAAAAAAAUUGUGCGUUUGGACACACUGCAGGAGGAGUUCCUGGAUGAGCGAGAUCGGGAAGCACUCAUUUUCUGCUGCAAUGGUACCUUGGACUGUGCAUUUAAUGGCCCGGCCGCCACACCCCGCAUCUGUUUCAGGAAUGGAGUGGACUUUGUGAGUGUGCCCCACGUCCGCAACCGGGACGACGUGCUGGCCGUGCGUGCGGUGUUGGAUAAGCACGGCGGCGCUCGCAUCAAGAUCGUGUCCCACGUAAACAACGUUGAGGCCAUCCGCAACUAUGACGAGCUGCUCGAGUACUCGGAUGCGGUGCUUGUGUCCCGGGCCAACCUGGGGAUGCGCAUCCCAGCGGCCAAGGUGGCUCUCGCUCAGAAGUGGAUGAUCGCCAAAGCCAACCUCAAGGGUCGACCCAUCAUUGUGUCGGCACAGAUGAUGUGGAGCAUGGUGAACAACCCUCGGCCAACCCGUGCGGAGAUCACGGACGUCGCAAAUGCAUUGUACGAUGGUGCUGACGCCAUCUUCCUGCGUGAGGAGACGGCCAUCGGCUCGUUCGUUGAGCGGACGGUCGCCAUCGCGGCCGACAUCCUGAAAGACGCAGGCGUGGGUGUGGACGCCUACGCGCAGCUCAACUACCUGAGGAACUACACACCCAAGCCCAUGUCGACAUUGGAGUGGAUUGCUCAGGUUCAGCACCUCACCAUCGGCAUCCAACGGAAUCUGCCGGUUCAACGGCGGCUCAGCUCCAUUCCUGUCAAGGCGGCUAUCGACAUGCAGGCCGCCCUGGUGGCGGUGGUCACGGACACCAGCGCCGCGGUGAGGGCAGUGGCCAAGUACCGCCCGCCGCAGGUAUACGACAGGAUGCAGCCGGAAGCGGCAGGCGCGUGCGUGUGUUCCGUAUGCGUGCGGGCUAUUUUGGUGGUGACCACCCGGCCACAUGUGGCCAAACAGUGCAACCUCAACUACGGCUGCGUGCCGCUGCUGCUGAAGGGUGUCAAGAUGGGCAAGGAUGAGGAGUACGUCAUCCAGAAGAUCAUCCACUUCGCCCGCGCUCAGCGCCUGGCUGCCUUCAAGGACGGCGACUGCGAAGGCGACCAGCUCAUUGUCGUCCAGGGUCCCAGCAACCGCAUGUUCGCAACGGAGGAGGACCUCGCGGAGAUGCAGUUCGUGACGCACGUCAUCGGGCAGGAAGCCGCGGCGGUUCUUACACCCUGCGGCUACAAUGGCGCCGACACCAUCUCCUACCGCUCGACCAAAGUGGGCCUGGACCUGAUCUGCGGCCCCACCGACAUCCGCACCCGCAAGACCAAAGUGGUAUGCACUCUGGGUCCAUCGUGCUGGAGCCGGGAAGGGUUGGAGAUGCUGGUGAACAACGGCCUCAAUGUGGCAAGGUUCAACUUCAGCCACGGCACCCACACGGCGCAUCAGGAGGUGCUGGACAGGCUGCGGGAGGUGCUGGAGGUCAGCGGCGCAUCCCACCGUGUGGCGCUGCUGUUGGACACCAAGGGUCCGGAGAUCCGCACCGCCAUGCUGCGUGGCGGCAAGGAUAUCCAGCUUGAGGCUGGGCAGAUGGUGACGGUGGUGGCUGUGGGCGAGGAGUAUGUGCGGUGGGAGGGCUACAAGGACGAGGCGACGGGGGAGACCAAGAUCGGCGUCAGCUACGCGCAGCUGUGUCGGGAUGUGAAGCCGGGGGGCAUGAUCAAGAUUGGUGACGGUCUCAUUACCUUGGAGGUUCUGGAGAUUCUGUCCGACAAAGAGCUGCGCGCCCGGGCCCUCAACUCCAAGAGCCUAGGUCAGCGCAAGAACGUGAACCUGCCAGGUGUGCAUGUGGACCUGCCUGUACUCGGUCCCAAGGACAUCGACGACGUGAAGAACUUCGCCGCGAAAAACAAAAUGGACUUCGUGGCUGCGUCCUUCGUACAGAGCGCAGAAGACGUCCGGUUCAUCCGCCGCGUGCUUGAUGAGGUGGGGGGCCAGGGGGUCCGCAUCAUAUCUAAGAUUGAGUCCACCGCGGGCCUCAUCAAUUACGACGACAUUCUUCGUGAGAGCGACGGCAUCAUGGUGGCUCGAGGGGAUCUGGCAAUGGAGAUACCCUCGGAGAAGGUGGCCCUCGCUCAGAAGAUGAUGAUCACCAAGGCCAACAUCGCGGGCAAGUUCAUCAUCACCGCCACCCAGAUGCUGGAGUCCAUGACCGCCUCGCCGCUGCCCACCCGCGCCGAGAUGACGGAUGUGGCGAAUGCGGUGUUCGACGGAACGGAUGCGGUCAUGCUCAGCGGUGAGACCGCCAAUGGCACCUUCCCCCUCCUGGCCCUGACCACCAUGGCCAACAUCGUGGCGAAUGCGGAGGUGGGCACCAACUAUCCCCAGGUGUACGACUUCAUCCGCGACUUUUCCGCCCGUCCCAUGAGUACGGCGGAGGCCGUACUGGGUUGCGCUGCCAAGAACGUUCUGGAUGUGGAUGCGGCACUCAUCCUGGUCAUCAGCUCCACAGGCGCCAGCGCCCGCCUGGUUGCGAAGUACCGGCCCCGGGUGCCAGUGCUGCUCGUCACCGACUCCCUCGCGGCCGCCCGUGCUUGCGCGCCCGUGUUCGGGGUGUACGUCAGCAUCGUGGAGCAACUGCCCGCGUCGCGAUUCGAUGUCCUUCUAGAGGAGGCCACGAUGUUCGCCAUGGAGGCCGGUCUGUGCCCUCCCGGCAAGGAGGUGGUGGUGGUGCAUGGUUGCAGCAAGGCGGAUGCGGAGGAUGGACUGCCCAUGGUGGCCAUCCAGGUCGCCCCAGGAGCAGAAUUUGAGCAGCAGGAAGACGACGACGACGACGGCAUCGACUCAUCCGCCUCCCCUUCGCCGCACCAAACGCGGACUCCCCUAGCCGCGGCACCGCAGCAAGGCCAGCGGCAGCCCAGUGGCCCACUACGCCAAGGGCUCCUGGACUCCCCUUCCCCUUCCCCUGCCGCUGCCACUGCCGCUGCCGAUGGGGCUCCGUACACGGGGGCAGGCGCGCUGGAUCGACCCAGUCUCGUGGGCCUAGAUUUGGACAGUCCGGGCACCUCAGCGAACCGCCGAGGGGGAGGCGGCCUCCUCAUGACGCGCCGCAGCUCUCGUCCAAUCCGCUCCGGCCGGCCCAGCCUCCUCCUCAGCUCCCAAGCCUCCCAACCCUUAGCCACAGAUUCCAUCUCCUCCACCUCCCCAACUGCCGCCGGCGCUGGAGCCACCGGCGUUGCGGCCCGGUCCUCCAGUCCGCGAACCCCCGAUGGCAACACCAGCGCUGCUGCCCCGCUUGUAUACAACCUCUCCCGCCUAUCAAGCUCCGGAUUCUGCUCCUUUCCGUCCCCGCGUCGCAAGGUCGUGGCCGCGGGUGGCGGCGGCGGCGGCGGCGCGGCCAGCAGCAGUGUCCUGGCUGCCAAGACGCUGAGUCUGCGUACCACUGCCAUCUCCCUGUCCGACAUCUUGGAUCAUGGUCUCCCUGCUGGCCGCAAGACCAAGAUUGUUUGCACUCUGGGCCCGUCUUGUUGGUCGGAGUCCGGUUUGUGUGGGCUGCUGGAUGCGGGUAUGGACGUGGCGAGGUUCAACUUCAGCCACGGAACCCACGCGGCGCAUCAGGAGGUGCUGGAUCGAUUGAGGAAGGUGUGGCAGGACCGCGGCAAUCGUCGCCGUCUCGCGUGCCUCCUGGACACCAAGGGUCCGGAGAUCCGCACCGCCAUGCUGCGUGACGGCAAGGACAUCCAGCUUGAGGCUGGGCAGAUGGUGACGGUGGUGGCGGUGGGCGAGGACUAUGUGCGGUGGGAGGGCUACAAGGACGAGGCGACGGGGGAGACCAAGAUCGGUAUCAGCUACGCCAAGCUGUGCCAGAGUGUGGCUCCGGGCAGUCGCAUCCUCGUGGCUGACGGCUCCCUGGCCAUCGAGGUGGUGGGCUUCCUGUCCGACCGGGAGCUGCUGGGUCGCUGCCUCAACUCCAAGAGCCUAGGUCAGCGCAAGAACGUGAACCUGCCAGGGGUACAUGUUGAUAUCCCCGUGCUGACCAGCAAGGACGUUGAAGACCUCCAGAAAUUCUGUGUGGGCAAUCGAAUGGACUUUGUGGCGGCGUCCUUCGUGCAGAGCGCGGAUGACGUGCGGCUGAUCCGCCGGGUGCUGGACGACGCGGGCGGCUGGUUCGUGAAGAUCAUUUCAAAAAUUGAAAACGAGUCGGGCCUCAUCAAUUACGACGACAUUCUUCGUGAGAGCGACGGCAUCAUGGUGGCUCGAGGGGAUCUGGCAAUGGAGAUACCCUCGGAGAAGGUGGCCCUCGCUCAGAAGAUGAUGAUCACCAAGGCCAACAUCGCGGGCAAGUUCAUCAUCACCGCCACCCAGAUGCUUGAGUCCAUGACCGCCUCGCCGCUGCCCACCCGCGCCGAGAUGACGGAUGUGGCGAAUGCGGUGUUCGACGGAACGGAUGCGGUCAUGCUCAGCGGCGAAACAGCCAACGGCAAGUUUCCGGACACUGCCGUACGCACCAUGGCGGCUAUCGUGGCGAAUGCAGAGAACGGCAGUGCUUACGUGUCCACCCAGGCCUUCUUGCGCGACCACACCCCCAAGCCCUUCGGCAUCACGGAGGCGUCUGGUGUGGCGGGUGUGGCGGCUGCCAAGGACUGUAACGCCCAGCUGCACAUCACCUUCACGUCAGGUGGCUAUGCUAACCGAAUGGUGUCCAAAUACCGCCCUGCCGUACCACAACACAGCCCAGUGCGCUGCGCUUCUUCUGUCGAUUGCCUGCGGUUGCUGCUGUUUACCACUGCUGGUAAUCCUGUUGACCGCUUGGUUUCUUUUCGGUCUGUUUUCUCUUUCGUGUUGGGUUCCAAACAGAUUGUGGUGACCGACAACGAGACAGUGGCCAAUCAGGCUAGUGUGGUAUUCGGGCAGUAUGCUCUGUUGGUGGAGACUCUCAAGGUGGGAGAGGGCAGCAGUUUGGCGGAGGCAGCGGACGAGCUGGUGGUGCGGGCUGCGACAUUUGCACAGGAGCAGGGAUUGUGGAACGGCAUUGGCACCGCCAUUUUGCUCCAUGGCCACGAUACGUUGAGUGCGGACAAGCAGCCCGUGCUUCGGGCCGUGGAUCUGUUGUACACCCUGGGCAGUGGUGGCGUCUGCGGAUUGGCCACUUUGAGCACGCGGGGCUCGUCCAUCAAGUCACCCGUCACUUUGUACCGCUCCUUCAGCCUGGCGGUCUGA